GAGCGCCCCGUGACUAUGGCCGGGCGUGGGGGGAAGGCCGCGAGGAAGGAAGGAAGGAAGGAAGGAAGGAAGGACGGGAAGGGAAAGGGAAGAGAAGGGAAAAGAAAGGCCGCGCCGGGCCAGGCCUCGGAGACGGGAGGGAAGGGAAGGCCGGGCUCGGCCGCACGGCGCAGCACGCAGCAGCGCAGGGCCGCCCCGGCCGCACUCACCGCGCUGACGAUGCGCGCCAGGACCUGCGGCUGCUGCACGAAGCGCAGCGGAUCGAAGGCACCGCCGGCUUUGGCCGCCCCGUACGCGCCGCCGCCCUCCAUCGCGCCGCCGCCGCGCUACGGCCGCUCCUGCGCGGCACCGCCCCGCGAGGGCCGGGCCGGGCGCUGCCGCCGCCGCCGCCGCCACCACCUGCUGGGCCCGCCCCGCCCCGCCCGGAGCUGGGAGGGGCUCCGGGGGUCCGGCGCCGGCCCGGCGGGAGCGGCUCCGCGCUGUACUGCGAGUUUGCCCCGCGGCCCGGGCUGCGUGCGGUGCGGCUCCCGGGCUCCGGCGGGCACCGCGCGGGCUCCGCUCCUCGUGACCGCCCCGCGCCGAGACCCGGCCCCGCGCCCACGGACAGCGCGCGGGGGACAGCGCGGCUCCGGGAUGUCCCGACUGCCCACCGUCACUCUGCGAGUCCCUGAGAACACUGAGAGCGAUGGCCGGGAGCCGAGCCCGGACAACGAGGGAGCCCUGCACAGCUCCUUCUGCCAGCUCAUCGAGGAGCAGAGCAGCCUGGUGGCGGGGGCGAUAGAAAUGGAGCUGCAGGAGAGGGGCAGAGAGCCUUCGGCUCUCCUGCCCCCCCCGCACCCCAUGGCCACUACUGGGCUGGAGCCUGAGCAGGGUGAGCAGCACCCCGGCUACGCCACCACCCUGCGCAUCCUGGCCAACAUGCCCAGCCGCACCAUCGGGCGCAGCCGUGGGGCCAUUCUCUCUCAGUACUACAACCGCACGGCGCGGCUGCGGCGUCGGAGCAGCCGCCCAUCCCUGCAGCAGCUCAGCCUCACGGCACGGUCCAGCCUGCGUCACUAUGACCUGGAGAGCGACCCGGCCCACAGCACACUGGCAGACAAGCAGAGCCUGCUGGAGCUGCUGAGCCUCCCACCUGCACAGCGCAGCCACAUGCUGCUGGAAGUGCCUCUCAGCCUGGAGGAGAAGCGCAGCCUCCGGAGGCAGCUAAGCCAGAAGAGGAGCACCCCGGGGCUACGCGCCCACUCUGCAGACCCCACCUCUCCCUGUGCGUGGUGCCAGGACUGCAUUGUGCUUGGCUGCCGGACGUUCUGGUACAGGUUCCUGGCGCUGGUCCACACCGCACAGCCUUGGCACUAUGCCUUGAAGCAGAUUGGUGGCCGCUUUGGUUCCAGCGUGCUCUCCUACUUCCUCUUCCUCAAGAUGCUCCUGAUGCUCAACAUCUUCUCUUUCCUCCUCCUCUUGGUUUUUGUGGUGGCCCUGCAGGCUGCCUAUCCCCCUGCUGUGGCCAGCCCCCGUCCCUUCACUGGCCUCGAGUUCCUCACUGGAGCGGGCUCCUUCACUCACUCGCUGCUGUACUACGGUUACUACAGCAACACCACCCUGAAUGACCCCUCCGCCUCCAGCCCCAGUGGUAACACGAGCCCCCCCAGAGCCACCCAGCUCCCAUACAAUAUGCCACUGGCCUACGUGUUCACGAUUGGGGCCUCCUUCUUUGCCACCUGCAUCCUGCUGAUGUACAGCAUAUACCACUCCUUUGGGAAGAGCUACCGCGUGGGCAGCUCCACAGGGGUCCUGGCCAUCAAAGUCUUCUGUGCGUGGGACUUCAAGGUGGUGCAGAGGCGUUCGGUGAAGCUGCAGAGCGAGAACAUCUGCACUCAGCUGAAGGAGCUGCUGGCAGAGCAGCGGUUGCGCUCCUGCCCCCUGAGCCUCCCCCAGCGGCUGCGACACAUCACUGUGCUCCUGCUGGCCUGGCUCCUAGCACUGGGCACGGUGCUGGGCUGCGUGGUAGCCGUGUACUAUUUCUCAGAGCACAUGCACGUGGUGCAGCAGGAACAGGGAGCUGCAGCAGGCAGUGCGUGGCAGCAGGAAGGAGUCCUGCUGGCCCUGCCGCUCAUCGUGUCACUCCUCAACACACUGAUGCCCCACUUCUACAACCUGCUGGCAGCGUGGGAGAAGCAGGAUUCCCCAGGGGCAGAGGUCUACGUGGCCAUCUGCAGGAACCUCCUACUGAAGAUGGUGGUCCUCGGCCUGCUCUGCUACCAGUGGCUCAGCCGCAGAGUGGUCUGCUCUGCCAAGGAGUGCUGGGAGACGUGCGUGGGGCAGGACCUGUAUCGCUUUGUGGUGAUGGACUUCAUAUUCACCCUGCUGGAUACCGGCUUUGGGGAGCUGCUCUGGAGGCUGAUCCUGGAGAAGAAGCUGAAGAGUAAGCAGAAGCCUGAAUUUGACAUUGCCCGAAAUGUGCUGGAGCUCAUCUAUGGGCAGACCCUGACCUGGCUCGGCGUUCUCUUUGCACCACUCCUGCCAGCAGUGCAAGUGCUGAAGCUGCUGCUGCUCUUCUACAUCAAAAAGACCAGCCUGAUGCAGAACUGCCAGUCCCCCAGCAAACCCUGGCAAGCAUCUCAUAUGAGUACUGUCUUCAUCACACUCCUCUUCUUCCCAUCCUUCUUGGGUGCAGCGGUCUUCGUGUCUUACACCAUCUGGUCGGUGAAGCCAUCAGAAACCUGUGGCCCCUUCCAGGGGCUUCAAACCAUCUACCAAACACUGAAGGUCUGGGUGGAGCUGCUGGAGGAGUCCAACCCCAACAUCGCCUGGUUCAGCUGGAUCCCACAGUACCUGGUGGAGAACACCAUCUUCCUGUUCUUUCUCACUGGGGUGGUGCUAGCCAUCAUCUACUUGAACAUCCAUGUGUUGAGAGGGCAGCACCGGAUCAUCCGGCUGCUGGAGGAGCAGAUUGCCAAUGAAGGGGAGGAUAAAAGAUUCCUCAUUCGGAAGAUUCGCUCCAUUUAUGAGCAUAAAGAGCACUGUGCUUGAUGCCAGUGUCACAGACCCAGGAAGGAGCAGGGCAGAAUGGGACGGCAGGGACUGAAGCUGGCAGCCGUGUGGCACUGCCCUGGGAGGGGAGAAUUGCUGCUCUUGGAAGUGCUCUCUUGAAGCAGCCCAGGACUGCUGGACACAGAGAUAAGGAGAUAAGAGAUAAGAGCCAGGAGCACAGCCCUGCUGCACAGCUCCAUGGGACCGGCCUGCACACAUAGCUUUGUUUACAAACAACUCUCCGUCAUGCAAACUGCCCGGCCAGCCCGGAAAGCAGCACCUUGCAGCCCGUUGGGAUGGAGGUGGUGAAGCCUUCUGCCUCGUGCAGGACAGCAGCACGGUGCGUGCGAUGAGCGGGGCCGUGCAGCACGGCGGGCUCAGAAAGAAACCAUCGCUCCCCAACGCUGCGCGGGCGGAGAACAAAAAGGCUCCGUUCGGGGCCGUCGCCUCUCUGAAAUAACCAUUAAACGUCCCCCUCUGGAGCCUCA